CGAAGGGUUCUCUUUUAUACGAAACAUCAUUUUCACCCAUCAGAAAGAUCCUUUAAGCCAAAAAAUCAUUUCGCUCAGCACUUCGCCAUGGAAACUGAAUAUUUCUAAGCCUCAUAACCGGAACUCAUCGGCGGUGCCUGAGAAUGUCGCCCGGCGGUGAGAGGUGCUUGCAGCUAUGCCGGCUCGUCGGUCAUUGUCUUCGUCCUUUUACAGAAGAUGGGGUGGUCUUGGAGAGCAAAGGGAAGGAAAAGGAACUGCUUAUUGCGCUCUCUCAUGUUGUAACUGAAGUUCAGCGCUGGGUUCAAGAAAUUGAUGGCGACUCUUAUAAUUUAUGUAUUGUCCAUCAGGAUGCGAUUCAGAUGUUGACUUCUCAAGAGAAAAGCAGUGAUGAGCGUGAUCAAUCUUUUGAGAGCCACCAUUGUAUGACGAAGAUUGUUUCUGAAUUGGUACCUUUACUUUCUUUUGAGAAUCAGUAUGUCAAACAUCUUGUGGGCAAUGUACUUACAGCAAUUACAAAAUUUGUAUUUCUAACUGGAAGCACAAGUAACUGGUAUGAAUUAGUUCACUCAUUAUGUUUUGGCAUGGAGUUAGUGCUUGACAGAAUCAUGUCUUCUCCUGCACCUUCAAUCACUGGGUCUGAAAAUUUAGACUGUUAUCUAUCAACCUUAAGUAAUACCUUACUACCUAAGUUGAAAAAUGCAAAUUUUUCCACAGUUGCUGGCAUUCUUCAAGUUUUGCGAAAUACCCUGAAAUCCUUGAAGCAGGAGCAAAGUGAUCUUGUUGGACAGUUCUUUGAUUCUGUUAAUUCUUGUCUUUCAAAAAUUCCAUGGAAUUUAUUGGGUAGGAUCCUUACCGAGAAAAAUUGUAACAGUGUAGAAGUCCAGAAUGACGAUGACUUGCGUUAUAAUAAUUUGCAUCAGAGGAAAGGAUUAAAAUUUCUGUUCCUAGGAAAUUUUGUUCAAUUUCUCUGUUCCUUGGCUGAGCCAAGCGAUUUUGAGGAAGCUUCAUGUGAUUCACUAAAGACUCACCCCCUACUGGGUACAGUCAUCAACCUAAUUCCUAACCUUCUUGAUUGGUGCCUCAACAACCAAGUCGAUCACUUUAAUAGGUGCUUGUCCCGAUAUUUCAGUCACAAGUUGCUGAUAUUAAUGAUCAGGCUUAGUUUCCAUUGCCAUCUUCAGUGCUCGACUCUUGUUCUAUGGUUGCAACUUUGCAGAAAUCGUUUUCAAAAGCUCUUGCUGCUUCCGAAGCUUGAGCUGGAAUCUGCCCCCGGCACUUCCCUUGAAGAUUCUCCAUUGAUUGUGAGCUAUUUUGGUGACAAACGCAGUCCAUGUUCCUUGCAUCUGCAAAGACUGGCUAUUUUUCUAUUCCUCAGGUGUUCCUUAAGCUUCAUAUUUACAAAACCGACUGAAAAGUACGAUGCAUCUAUAGCUCUAAAAUCUCAGUUGAUCUUCACUACAACAUUGGAAAGUAAAUGUCAUGACUGCAGUUGUAGCAAGAAAGGUAUAUUGGAGCUUUAUAAAUGGCUUCAGGGGAACCUUCCAACAAACAUUUUUCUGGAUACUAAAAUGUAUGCAAAAAACUGCAUCAAGUUUGCAUCAUCAUUUCUCCAGCUAUAUAUGCACGAGGAUGAUCUAUUAUUCAAAGUGCUGUUGCAACUUCUUCGUCUUCCUUCUCAUACAGGGCCAUGUUCUUGUGAAGGACCAUCCCAGGAGGUGAAGGAAGAUAUACUUUUUCAUGUUUCAAACAUUUUUGAUCCUCAGCACGUGUUCCACGUUUUUCUUAAGGAGUUAAACUAUGAUCAUGAAAUGCUCUUAGAUUACCUCAUGUCAAAAGAUGCAGGAACAUAUUGUUUGGAAUACCUCCUAAGAUGCCUGCAUAUAAUAAAUGAUUCCAGAUAUGCACUAGUGAAUUCAUCAACAGAAUGGGAUAUCUCAACUCACUCUUCAUGCAAGAGAAGAAAAGUUUUGCUGAACAGCUCAACUAUUUCAGAAGAGCUAUCGUCUGGUUCACCCAAUCAAAGCAAUGAAACACUUCCAUCUUUUGCUGACACUAUAAAUUGUGAUUAUGGCUACAAGCCUCAAAGAGUUGGGGUAAAAUCCCUGAAGAAAUCUAAAAAUUGUCUGCAGUCGUUGAAAACAUCCUUGGAAAAUCUUCAUAGAGAGAAUCUCUUUCCAUACAAUCCCGAAGUGCUCGUAAAACGUUUGACGAAAUUUCUGGAGUUUCCAUGGAGUACUUAAGUAAUUAAUACGCCUCAAGCCCCAUGCGGUCCUCUUCUUGAAGCAUGGAGCUCCAAUUUUGAUCUAACUCUCAAAGCUUGGAGAUUUUUUCAAUCCAAAAGCUUCAUCUUCGAGUUCUUAAAAUGAGACUACUGAUGCUUUGAUCAAUUGAUCAUCAGUUGAGGUAAUUCAAAUGUAGUGUAUUUUUCCAUUCAGAAAUGCUUCUGCGCACAUUCUUACUAUAUAAUGUUGAAAUUAAUUAGAGCAUACACCACCCAUGUUAUAUACACUAAGGUAAAAUAUAGUCCGUAUAUUUUUAAAUGAUUAUAUAUAUACUCAUAAUUGAUUCUAUACUAA